AUGGCCGUCCACAUCGCGCCUCUCACCGGGCCAUCGCCAAAGACAUCGGCAUCACCUCCUCCACUGUCGACGUCUCUCUCAUCGUCAGCAGUGCGGUCUGUGUCGCCACAGCCGCCUCCUGCAAGCCCUCUCACGCCUCCUGCCCAACCGGCAAAGUUCGCAACCACAACCCCACCCGUAGCACCCAUACAACGACCACAGCCGCCUCAGCUCAUAGAGCAGCCACCCUCGCUGCCUUUCUCCAGCCAUGAGUCAAGCGAUGCCAUCGCCUUGAGAGCCGCCAUCUCCUCUCUCCAGUUCCAGCGCCUCCAGGCUCAACGAGACUUGCGCACUCUCGAGGACAUUAAGCGCCAGGCUGUUGAACGCCCGGAAGAAUAUCGCCAACAUUCAUAUCCAACCUCAUACGGAUCUAUGUUGCUGUCACGAUCGACAAAGACCACAUCCCAAUCUUCCAGAUUCACUGCUGUUCCCCUACCGCAGGAUGUCGUCCGAUGUCCUCCCAUCGAAUGGGCAAAGUACAACAUCAUUGGUGAAUCCUUGGACAAACUUCACAACGACCAACAAGUACGUCCAGGAGAUCUUGGUUCGUCUCAGCGUGAGAGCGUUGUCGCCGCUCCCUAUAACCCCUUCCUGGACAAGCUGAAUCCCCGACCUGUCUCAGAAACGACCCCUUCGACGAGAAAAGACAGUGGCUCUUCUGCCUCGGAUCAGAACGCUCAACGAAAAUCCAGCAAACCCACUGUCUGA